AUGCCAUCCUUAAAAAUGAAGAGCAAAGUAAGUAUGAGCUGUUUGGCAGAGAGAAAUGAUCUUCAAAUCUGUCCAAAAUCGAAAGUAAUUUCCAAAAACUCAUGUUCUAAAAUCGUGAUUUCUGCUCAAGAGGUAGAGGUCGACACAACUAUUCAAAAUUGUAUUAAUGUUUCUUCAAGGAUGCUGCCCAAAGACAUUGCAACUGAUCAAUCUAAUGAUCGCAAAGAAGCUCUGGAUUAUGAAAACUCUGACUCCCAACACCAAUUUUCUGAACUAACCAAUCCCUGUACAGAGAACUUAGAAACAAUUUUUUCUCCUGCUUUUGAGCCCAUCGAAGUCCAUUCACAACAUUAUACUGAAAAAGGUACAGGGAGCUUUGGUGAUACUAACAUGGAAGGAGUUGGAGCUGAUGAGGGAAGAAACAUAUGUGGUUUUGAAACGUGUGAUGUAUCCGACUUCUACAUUUCUGACAUGAUCAUUACAAACUUACCCUUUUGUGGAAAUUCAUUGGAUGAUGAUGUCAGUGAAACCAACUACCUAUCGGAUUUUGGAUCCACCGAGCCAUCCGUGGUUUGUGCUUCUGAACAGUACACGACCCUGCCUGCUUGUGAAGAUGAUGCUAAAAUUCGCUGUACUCCAGAUAGCAUGUCAUGUGGAGAAGGUAUUGUGGUUCGUGAAAGUGCUAGCUUGUAUUCUGCUAUAGCUCAGAUAAGAUCCUGCAACCAGGAGUCCGAUGUCAAAGAUGACUUGGAUAAGGAAGAGUGCUUUGAUCCACAGUCAUUUAUCAAGAGUUUACCAGAACUAUCAGAAGUAGAAUUAAAUGACCAGCCCACACUAUUUCCAAAGCAAUCUCCAAGAAGAAAAUCAGUAACCCUUGUGCUUGAUUUAGACGAGACCCUUGUUCAUUCUACGCUGGAACAUUGUGAUAAUGCAGAUUUCACUUUUAACAUUUUCUUCAAUAUGAAAGAUUACACAGUAUACGUAAAACAAAGGCCUUUCCUCCACACAUUCUUAGAGAGAGUAUCAGAGAUGUUUGAAGUAGUUAUUUUUACGGCCAGCCAAAGCAUAUAUGCAAAGCAACUACUUGAUGUAUUGGACCCAGAUGAAAAAUUUAUUUCUCGCCGUGUGUAUCGAGAAUCAUGCCUGUUCUCAGAUGGAAAUUACACAAAAGAUCUUACCAUAUUGGGUGUUGAUCUUUCAAAAGUUGUCAUAAUUGAUAAUUCACCUCAGGUUUUCCGGUUGCAAGUGAAUAAUGGAAUUCCCAUAAAGAGUUGGUUUGAUGAUCCAUUAGAUUGUGCGCUAAUGUCAUUACUUCCCUUUCUAGAGACAUUGGCUGAAGCUGAUGAUGUGCGUCCUAUUAUUGCAAAGAGAUACGGUAACAAAGAAUAA